ACCACAAUGGCCAGGCUCUUGUGAGGGAGCUGCCCGUGUCAGUGCAGAACGGCGUGCCUCAGCAGCAGAUCCAACCAAACACUGACACCCAGACGCAAGUGGAGGAAUAUGACACACUUCUGAGAAAAGAAAGGUCAAUGUGGACACUACAGCAGCUCUCUGGGGUAGUUGUCGGUCGUCGUGGAUUCCUGAGGCCCGUCUCUAUAGCAACCCAUUCCUCCUCCUGAGUACUGCUGCCAACUUACCCUCUCCACCACACAACAAAUCUCUCCUCAUCCCCCUGGCCAAUCGCCAGCCCUGCACAUUGUUGAAAUGGACACUGAGUCAACCCACUCGGGCUACUCCUAUCACUCCAGCCGCUCGGGGAGAUCAAACCGACAUGGCGAUCGGAGCCGUGAGCGGCACAAGGCAAGCAGUAAAGACAGCGUUCGCUCUGAGAGGUCCGUCGUCAUCAACCCCCCCGACACGCCCUCCCAGGAGUCCCCCGUUACCAAUGGAGAGCCCCUGCCAGGAGAACCCACACCAGCAGAAGAUCAGGGAGAUGAUGCCCAGGAUGAUAACUGGGGGGAGACCACCACCGCAGUGACAGGCACCUCAGAGCUGAGUAUUUCCCAGGAGGAAGUGGUUGGACUGGGGAAGGGAUUGCACGACCGGACUGAAGAUUUCCGCCGUUAUCUUCCCCUGGCUGUUGGCUCGUUGGUGGGGCUGCUGGUGCUGGCCACGCCCCUGGCCUUCCUGCUUCUUCCGGUUUUUAUGUGGCCAGACAGGCUGCAGGCUUGUGGCACAGCCUGUGAGGGCCUCUUCCUCUCCCUCGCCUUCAAGCUCCUCAUCCUCCUGAUGGCCAUGUGGGCCUUGUUUCUCAAGCCGGGCCGGGCAAGCCUGCCCCGAGUGUGUGUGUACCGUGCCUUCCUCACCACCCUCACACUCCUGCUCACCAUGUCUUAUUGGCUCUUCUUUGGGGUCCGGAUCCUUGAAGCACAGGAUGAGGACUACCAUGGGAUUGUCCAGUUUGCAGUGUCCCUGGUGGACUCCCAGCUGUUCGUCCACUACCUGGCGGUGGUGCUGCUGGAGCUCCGUCACCUCCAGCCCUGCUACAGCGUGUGUGUCAUCCGCUCCACUGACGGAGAGACACGUCACUACAACAUAGGACAGCUUAGCGUUCAAAAGGCCGCUCUAACCAUUUUGGAGUAUUACUACAGAGAUUUCCCUCUCCAUAACCCAGCCCUUCUCUCUGCCUCAAAGCAUCGGGCUGCCAAACACCUGGCUGGGUUGAAGGUCUACAACGUGGAUGCCCCGGGGAACACAGCAGGAGCGCAGCCUGGUAAUGGGAAUCAGUCCCGGGCCAUGGUUACAGCUGCCGCCAAACGCAAAGACAGCGCCCACAAUGAGCUGUACUACGAAGAGGCCGAUUACGAGAGAAGAGUCCGUAAACGUAGAGCAAGGCUGGUGGUGGCUGUGGAGGAGGCCUUCACACAUAUCCGGCGGAUGAAGAAAGAGGAUGAGCAGGCAACACCGUCUGACAUCAUGGAUGUGCGUGAAGCAGCUCUGGCUAUAUUUCCCUCUAUGGCGCGUGCCCUGCAAAAGUACCUCCGCACCACCAGGAGGCAGCACUGCCACAGCAUGGAGAGCAUCCAGAAGCACCUUGCUUUCUGUCUGGUCAACAACAUGAGCCCAAAGGCCUUUCUUGAGGGCUACCUGGCUCCUGGACCGACCCUGCAGUACGGGCCUGAGCGCUGGAUGGCUGACCAGUGGACUUUGGUCAGCGAGGCUUCUGUCACCAGUGGUUUAAAGGAAGGGUCAGAUUUCCUGCUGAGAUGUCUUGACUUUAACUUAGCUGUGACUGUCAAGGGCAUCCCUUACAUCCGUCUGACUGAGGAGUUCAUCGACCCCAAGUCUCACAAGUUUAUACUUCUGCUCCAAUCAGAAACCUCAGUUUAACACAGUGCUGGAUUUACAGGACAAUUUUUCCAAAAAUAACUUUUUGUACUGUUUUUUUGUACUUUAUGCUUGUGUAAUUUUCCACAUUGAGUAACUUUGUGUCCCUGUCUUUGUCCUGGUCGACAUAAAAGACGAUAAAUGACAGGAGACGGUAGAGAUGCUUGGAUUUCUCUGUCCUGAUAAGUCCAGAACACAGUCUGGUUUUCCUAUAUGCAGUACAGACGACCCUCACAAAUGUACAUCUUCCUUUUACUUGCAUGUGCCAGGGUGUGCCUGCGUGGGGGAGUUCAUGAUUUAGGUGGAGUGUGUUUUCACACCUUUAGGGGUGUAGAUACCACACCAAAUCGGUCUCGACCUGUCUCUUCUUUCUCCUUACCAUACUGACCAGGAUAUUUGAUAAAAACCUAAACCCUUUUCACCAAAACUUCUCAUUUUGAGUCUAAGCCACGAUUAUUUAACUGUCCUGUAUUACAGAUUUAUGUACAGUAUUUAUAUGUGAAUAUUUGUUAUCCCUCCAGACUUUUUAUAUCAAAAUUGUGCAUUGCUUGAAUGAUUUCUUUUUUUUAACCUUGUCAAACAUUGUCUUUUAUUUUGUAUCUGAGCUGUAUUUGUGAAGAUAAACUGGACUGUGAACAGAA